AUGCACGUGCUCCGGCCCGCGUUCAUUGUGUUGGGGUCAAUCCGGCCCGCGAGUGCAAAAAGUUUGGUGACCCCUGGACUAGAUAGCUAUCGCUAUCUGGGGGUGCUAGAAGACAGAUGCAGUAAUGUUCUUAAAGAGGAUGUACUCAAAAAUAUUAAAGAAGAAAUGCAAAAGCGUAUUGGAAGACUAUCGGAAACUAAACUAAAUGCAGUCAAUCUAUUUAGAGCAAUUAAUGAGCAUGCUCUAUCGCUGAUUAACUAUUAUAUCGGUCUACUCGAUCUGGAACCAUCUUGUUUCGAAGAAAUGGACAAGUUUGUCAGAAAGCUGUUGGCUGAUUUGAAAAUUCACAUGAAGCCAGCCUGUAAAGAAAGACUGUAUCUGCCAAGAGAUACACUUGGAAGGGGACUUGUAUCAGUUGCCUUUAAGGCGGAAAAAAUGCUGUUGGACUUCAAAACCAAUUUGGAAAGGCGAAAGUUAAUCUCCUUGAGAAAAGCAGCAAUUUUGUGGGCCGAACAGAAAAGGAAAACCCAUAUGGCCACAAUCACAGAAUUCCUGCAUUGUAAAUAUGGAACAACCACACUCGAUGAGAUUGCUAAAUCACUACGUGACUUGCAGAUAGAGUCACUGUUGCUUAGUAUUAAAAAGAAAAGGUUGCAUUCGAAGCUAUUUGAGUCGCUUGAGAAUAAUACUUUUGAUAUCCCAACAUCUUCAACAUGGCUAAAGAAAGGGAAUAUAUCUCCUAAAUCUGAGGCAAUGUUCUCUUUUCUUCAAGACAGAAACGUCUUUUUCAGAAACUCUGAUGAAAAAUGCCCACAUUGUAAAUCCUCGCCUAAAACCGUGGACCAUCUUGCGACGCGAUGCAGUAGAAUGCUAAAUUCAGAUUAUACCAGAAGGCAUAACGAGAUUGUGAGGUGUUCACAUGCACUUGUGUCGGAGAUUUGGAAUGAAGAAGUCCAAGAGACUGAAAAACCACUCCGUGCAGUGUAUAAUGUCGAAUAG